AUGUCUAUCUGGAACUGGAAAAAAGGUAAAGACAAUAUGCCUGACAACAAAGAAAAUGUUAGAAAAAAUCCUCACGAAGCAGAAGUAAACUCACUUAAAAAGUUUUUGAAGAACAUACCAAAAAUGGAAACGCAUUAUUGUCGUAAACACACAUCCAAGCUUUAUUUGUUACCAGAAUGGUUAUCAAAGAAAGCCCUCUAUGAUUUCUACAAAUCAGAUUGGUGCCCGUCGCAAAAUAUCGAACCUCUGUCAAUUGCGAAAUUCAGUAACACGUUGGAAAUUGAAAAUAUUUCAUUGUUCAAGCCCAAAAAAGAUGCAUACAUUUUGUAUGAAUCAAUUUAUAUUACACAGUGCAUUAUCCGUGUCCCGUCCGGGCCCGCUCGACGCACUUCAAUACCACGUUUGUUGCACGGUCCUGCCCCACCCAUUCCACGUCCCGUCGUAAUCCGAACAUUCUUCCGUGCUGCGUCCGAGCACUGA